GCAGGGAUGCAAAACGAUUUCCAGAAACAAUUAAUUAUCCUGCUUCGUAUUCCCAAAUGAUACCUUGACUUGGAACCUUGCUCCCUUUGCUAAUAAUAAACGCCUGAUAAUUUUUUGUCUUCAAAAAUCCGCGGGAAGCAGUUCGUAAAUCCUACGCUAGCAAGGUCAUAGGCACGGCGACUUGACACAAUGAGCCACCAAAGAUUCCCUUCAGAUGUCAUCAAGGAACCCCAUUCCAUAUCGCUCAAGGUCCUGAGACUAUCCCGCCCCUCACUCGUGGCCCAAUACCCGGUCAAGUCACCAGAGGGCUCCCAGCCAUCAGCAGGCGCGGGCUCGCACCCGGCGUCGCUGGCGUACGGCUCCCCGGAUGGCACGAAUCCGGACCCGUUUAUCCUGUCGCCGAUCCUCAACCUUCCGCCGUCGUUUGGGUCGGCCUACGUCGGCGAGACGUUCAGCUGCACGCUGUGCGCCAACCACGACGUGCCAGAUGGCGCCGCCGCCCGGCAGGUCCGGGACGUGCGCAUUGAGGCGGAGAUGAAGACGCCCGGGAGCGCGGCCGGCGUUGUCACCAAGCUGGACCUAGGUCCCAACGGCGGCGGUGGUGGAGAGGGGGACGGUGGCGUCGAUCUGCGCGAGGGCGAGACGCUGCAGAGGAUCGUGCGGUUCGAUCUCAAGGAGGAGGGCAAUCACGUGCUCGCCGUCACGGUCAGCUACUACGAGGCCACAGAGACCAGCGGCCGCACGCGCACGUUUAGGAAGCUGUACCAGUUCAUAUGCAAGUCUUCGCUGAUUGUGCGAACAAAGGCGAGUCAGCUGCCUGGAGGCUCGGGGGCUAUGACAGAGACGUCUUCGGCGGGGGGGAAAGAGGAGCAACAACAGUCACAACUACGAAGGCGGCGUCAGUGGGUCCUGGAGGCGCAGCUGGAGAACUGUAGUGAGGACGCGAUACAGCUUGAGCGGGUGGUGUUGGACCUGGAGCCAGGACUUGUAUACACUGAUUGCAACUGGGACGCGGAUGAGCGGCAGAAGCCCGUCUUGCAUCCUUCCGAGGUUGAGCAGGUUUGUUUCGUGGUUCAGGAGGCCGGAGCCGAGUGCGAGGUUAUGGAUGGUAAGGUUGUGUUUGGGGUGCUUGGGGUGGGAUGGAGAGGCGAGAUGGGCAGUCGGGGAUUUCUGUCUACAGGCAAGUUGGGUACUAGGUUUGAUGGGUGAUUUCGUUUAGCCGUGCCUGCAAUUAAUGAAGGCGGGCAGCGGGUGAUGACGAUCGUCUUCUUUCUGCUCGAUAAUAGUCCAUCCGGUAACAUUUCUGUCUCUUUUUACCAUGGACCGAAGAAGAAUAUUUUCUUUACUUUGUGGUUGCCACAAGUGCCCGUCAAAGAUGGAUGCGGACUGUGCCGGUUCUCGGAUUACCCCGAAAAGACAAGGCCUAAAAUUGGCCAAGCGGCGAACGCAAAUGAGCCCCCGAAUCCUACAGAAAAAAGAAGAAGAAAAAAGCACGUUGCCUAC